CAAAAUCUUACCGGAAGACAAGGUCCGAUACAGAAGUGUGAACAGAGGCUAUGUCUUCUGGACCCAAUAGACCCCCUCAGGUUGACCGGUUUAUCUCACAUUGUAUUCUUCUUUAUUUAAAUAUUACGCUGCAGCUGAAUGAACCUUUCUCAACAUUCAGGUACGGACUGCGAACCUUCCAUUUUAUACUUCGUCACUCGUGGACGGCUUCACUGCAAAGAUGAGGCUGUUGCCCAGGGUUGCCCCAAUCUUGAUCCUUCUCAGUCUUCUGGUCUUGGCAUCUUCCCAAGAAACAGCUUCAGCAAAUGACGACUAUACUUGCUCCUCGACCAAGCCGUGUACAACAGGAUGUUGUGGUGUGACAGGAGUAUGUGGCCUGGGACCUGAGUUUUGCGGCGCAGGGAACUGUACUUCCAGCUGUGAUGCAAAAUCCGAAUGUGAUCCGGGAUGGGGAUCUGAAUGGAGUUCAGCAGAGAAGUGUCCCCUGAAUGUCUGUUGCUCUCAAUAUGGGUUUUGCGGUACGACCUCGGAAUUUUGUGGGAAUAAAACUGUCACCAAACCUUCCUGCAGUGGAAGUUCUGCAAACGGGAGAUCAAUUGGUUAUUACGAGGGCUGGUCAAUCACGCGGGUUUGCGAUGCCAUGACCCCCGAAGCCAUUCCUGUUGGCGCAUAUACUCAUCUCAACUACGGAUUUGCCUACAUCGACCCCGAUACUUUUGCCGUUGCGCCCAUGAGCGAGAGCGAUCUUGGGCUCUACUCACGUUUUACGGGCCUAAAGGAAAGUAAUACCGGUUUAGAGACAUGGAUCAGUAUUGGUGGAUGGUCUAUGAAUGAUGCUGAUCAGCCAACUGCCAAGACCUUCUCGGACCUUGCUGCCUCAUCCUCUGCGCAAACAGCAUUCUUCAAAUCAUUGUUAUCCUUUAUGACAACUUACGGCUUUGACGGUGUGGACAUUGACUGGGAAUAUCCAGUUGCUUCAGACCGUUCUGGCCAGCCCAGCGAUUUCGAAAACUAUCCGUCUUUCUUGAAGAAUCUUCGUGCUGCACUUGGCUCAACGGGUCAUAACUAUGGACUGUCGAUUACUGUCCCAUCAAGUUACUGGUACAUGCAGAACUUUGAUAUCGUUUCCAUUGAGAAGAUUGUGGAUUGGUUCAAUGUGAUGACCUACGAUCUCCACGGUACAUGGGACUCAACAGACCCGUACAUUGGUCCCUACGUUUAUGCACACACCAACCUGACCGAGAUUGAUCAGACCAUGAAUCUCUUCUGGCGGAACAGUAUAUCCCCAUCAAAAAUCAAUCUAGGACUUGGCUUUUAUGGUCGCAGCUUCACCCUUUCUGACCCAUCUUGCACCAAAGCUGGUUGUCCCUUCAGCAGUGGCGGGAAUCCUGGAAAGUGUUCGGCAUCUUCUGGUACCUUGAUGGACUCGGAGAUUGACGCUAUCAUUGCGAGUGGCAAUGCGACUUCAACGCUCGAUAAAGAUGCUGCUGUCAAUAUUGUUACAUGGGACACGAACCAAUGGGUAUCGUAUGAUGACGAGACCACUCUCAAGAUGAAGAAAGAUUAUGCCAACGACUUGUGCCUGGGCGGUACGAUGGUCUGGGCUGUGUCAACAGACAACGGCAAUGGCACGUCCAGUAGCUCACUACUAGAGAUGAAUAGCCUGAUCAAGAAAAGUCUCUUUGGGGGCCAAACCCCUCAAGUUUCAUCUCUUUCGCAGUGCAUCUGGGGCGAUUGCGACGCGGAUUGUCCUGCAGGAACCACACCGGCAACCACUGGGAAAGGCAAGUCGGCAUCUAAUGUAGCCAUUUACACUGGAUGUCCUUCCAAACAGGAGAGAAAAUACUGCUGUCCGACAGACAAUGUCCCAACAUGUCACUGGCUCCUCUAUGUGUCCAUCAUGAAUGCGCAGACGAUGAAGUUCAAAUUGCAACGGAUCAAUCUGCCGGCGGUCAUGGUUGUUGGUUCAAUCAUAAGUCACUAUGUUGCUCGUCGACAACAUCUGACGCAGCCGUUGGACAAUGCAAAUGGUCGGGCCGAGCACCGCUUUGCGCAAGUGGUAGCAAUCAUGCGUCUUGCGAUUCGGACUUUCCCGAAUAUCUGACGGAUAGUGUUGACGGACAAGGUGGUGAAUCAGUAUGCUACACUGGAUUCAAAAGUUUGUGUUGCACGGACCCUAUCCCGUACCAGAACU